UUUCACUUCACAAACUACCACCCACCACCACCCCGCUGGAAUUCUUCCUAUCCUAAAGCCAUCACCCUACCCUUUCCUCCUACUCAAAAAUUAGCCCUAAAAACAAACCUUUUUUACCUAAUAACAACCGCGAAAUCACAGAAAAAAUUCUGGAGGAGCCCUAAAAAUGCAGUUGGACGCCACUGUGCAGCAACUCCAAAACACCAUCUCGUUUAGGCCAUCUAAGCCACCCAUUUUCCUUAAGAUCUCAGUCUUCUAAAACCCUCAAAAACAACCAUUAAAGCAACUCCAUAACCAUCACGAAAGCUAGUCAGUUUCCUCCAGCAAAACACCCACCACACUACUAAAAAAAUGCACCACCACCAAGGCCAAACGCCUCGACUUUCUUCAAAAUCAGAUCUGAAAAUCAACUUUCUGCACCACCAAUCGAUAAUUUUUUGAGUUGGGGUUCAAGGAGUCAAUUUACGUGUGGUUUCUGGCGAGAUUUUUGGUUUGUGAUUUUUGUGUAAUCCCGUCUAGUCAAUGAGGAAGAAAGAGAGGAAAAAAGCAAAAAAUAAUAAUUAUUAGAUAAUAAAGCGGGUCAAACAAUGGUACAGGUGAAAAAUGGGGCGGGGUGUAAUUGGUAUGGACCAAUUGAUCACGUGUCCCAAUCACAUCGUGAUAGCACAUUAAAAGAUGGGACCACAGAUGAUUCCGUUAAUUGCGGGUAGUUUUAGAACUAAAGAUAAUGUUACGGAUAGUUUUGGAUCAAUAGGUGGACAGUAAAACAUUUAGAAUAUAUUUUUAGCCCUUCUGCGUAAAAUAAAUUAAGUUUGACGCUAAGUCAACGUAGCAGAAAUAAGCCAAAUGUUGGGAGCAUUUGAAGAAUAUUUAGCGCUUGAGCAAUUUUGGCAUGAGAAUGAGAAUUGAAAUGGAAGACAUGAGAAUUAAAAAGAUCCUAAUGCAAAUCUUAUCCAAAUCAAAUCAUAGCUAAUAGAGGAUUCUGUAUUUAUCAACUCUAAACUUUGGUUGUUGGGAUGUCUGGGUUUCUCAACAAUGGCGUUAAGCAUCUCCUUCACGUUUAUCCCUUCAGAUUUCAUGUCUUUUACUCAACAGCUGCUGCCGCAACUUCCGACACCAAUUUCUUAGUAGAAACGCUGGUGAAAUCACUUGGCUUCUCCCUACAAGAAGCCCUUUCUACAAGUGGCAAGGUAAGUCGCUUGAGACCCAGAUAUUACAACCCUAAUUCUGUGCUCAAUUUCUUGGAACAAAUCGGUUUAGACAAGACCCAUAUCAAAAAAGCUGUUUCUUCAGUCCCCACAUUACUGCUUUGCGAUGUAGAUAAAUACCUUAAGCCCAAAAUUGAAGCUCUUAAAGAAGUUGGGUUAUGUGGGUCGGAUGACCUUGCCAAAAUCAUCACAAACAGUGGAUGUUAUUUCAGCACUAGGGUAGGGUGUGCUAUCAGACAAAAUGUUGAUUAUCUUCACACCCUAUUAUUUAAUGAUGAUUUUGUUGCUAAUAUCAUUAAGAGACAUCCUAAUGUAUUUUUUAGUUAUGCAUUUCAUGAAGUAAUGCCACCCAAUAUAUCAUUGCUGCAAAAUCUUGGAUUUUCAAUUGUUGAUAUAGAGAAGCUUAUGCUUUGGAAUCCUAGAAUUUUGACUCAAAAGGCAGAGCGCCUCAAAGACUUAGUGGAUCGAGUAGAAAAAACUUUCUUUCUUUCUCGCGAUUGCAACAUGUUCAUACAUGGGGUUUAUGCACUUGCAUGGCUUGACGAAUCGACGGUGAAAAAGAGAUUAGAAAUCUUCAGGAGCUUCGGGUGGUCUGACUCGGAUAUUUUUACAUUGGUCCAAACAUGUCCUCAAUGUUUGACAAAAUCCGAAGCUAAGAUCAGAAAUGCAUUGAAUUUUUUAAUGAAGGAAAUUGGAUAUGAGUCUCAUUACCUGGCUUCUCAUCCCACGUUUUUGACAUGUAGCUUGGAGAAAAGGGUUCUGCCUAGACAUAAUGUUUUGAAGCUACUCAGCCAAAAGGAGCCGAAAAAUUGUAGUCUGAACCUUUAUACCGCUGUGAUAUGUUCCGAGUCAAAGUUCUUAAAAAGAUAUGUGCUGCCUUUCAAGGAUGAGAUGCCCGAGGUGUAUGAUAUAUACAUCAAAAGUAGAAGCCAAUAGAGCAUUUUGGUACUGUGAAAUGGAGUGCCUAGCAAAAGUCUAUGCUUCCUUCCAUCUAUUUGUCUGACUCUUAGAUUGUUGUUAUUAUCUCUCCGGCAUUUGUUGUAGAUAUUGUUUGUUUCUACUGAUUCUUUUCAUCUCUUGUUAGCCGAGGGUCUAUCGGAAACAAUCUCUCUAUCUUCUCAAGGUAGAGGUAAGGUCUGUGGACGCACUACCCUCCCCGGACUCCUUGUGGGACCCCAAAAUAUACUUGUUGUAGUCGCCAGAUUGAUCUAGUGGUAAGAAAUCAUUCCUCAAGAAUAUGAGUAACCACAGACUUGCUUGUUUGAUAAAUUGAAGUACUCACAUUAUUUAAUGAGGAUUCAUGUUGUCGGCUUCAACUUAUUUGGGAUUGAGGCAUAACUGAUGUCAUAUGCUUCAUUGUCUUACAUUUUCCUUUGUCAUCAUGUUUAGAUCAACAACACUCAUCGUCGCAUACUUUGUUUGUUUCUACUAUUUUUUUUCCAUCUUUCGUGAGCCGAGGGUCUAUCGGAAACAACCUUUCUAUCUUUCCGGUGUAGGGGUAAGGU